AUGACCGAAUCAAAUAUUUCUUGCCUAGAGAUACGUGGUCGCACAUCCAUUAUUUGUCGUCAUCAGCUCAAUCCCGAUAUUCUGAUUGGAGGUACGCUGGGUCUGGCCAUAGAAUUUGAUUCAGUCUGGCCUCUUACCUGCGGCAGUGCUUGCCGCGAUAUCUACGUGGAACUGCCUGCCAAACAGCCUCCCGCGUGUCCACCCAUAGCACUGACUCCAUUCGUGGCUGGUCAGAAGGAGGACUCCAUGGCAGCAGCCUGUCGCAUUAACGCACCCUCGUCACCGGACGCUGAAGAUCUGGCCAAUCAAGCAAAGAUCAAUCAUUUGUUUGAGUAA